AUCGAAGGAGCUGCUCCGUCAAGCUAUCCUUGACAAUGACUUCCUCAAGAACCUUGAGAUGGGUCAAGUCAAGGAGAUCGUGGAGUCGAUGUACAGUGUGGAGUACGCGGCGGGCGCCCUCAUCAUCAAGGAGGGGGACAUUGGCUCCAUGCUCUACAUCAUGGAAGAGGGUAAAGUGGAGGUGAGCAAGGAAGGGAAGCUGCUAUGUCACAUGUCGCCCGGGAAGGUGUUCGGCGAGCUCGCUAUCCUCUACAACUGCAAGAGGACCGCCACCAUCAAAGCGGCCACGGGAUGCAAACUGUACGCCAUCGACCGCAAGUGCUUCCAGACCAUCAUGAUGCGGACUGGACUCAUCCGCCAGGCUGAGUACACCAACUUCCUCAAAAGCGUGCCUACAUUCCAAGCGCUGCAAGAAGAAACUCUCAUCAAGAUUGCCGACGUUUUAGAAGAGACCUACUACGGCCACGGUGACUAUAUCAUACGACAGGGAGCCAGAGGCGACACAUUCUUCAUUAUCAGCAAAGGCAGGGUCCGUGUCACCAUGAAGAGUCCGGGCAGUUUGGAGGAAAAAUACAUACGUAACCUGGAGAAGGGCGAGUUCUUCGGGGAGAAGGCGUUACAAGGAGAAGACAUCCGUACAGCUAAUAUUAUUGCUGAUGAUCCUGAUGGUGUGACGUGUUUGGUCAUUGACCGCGACUCCUUCAAGCAACUGAUUGGUGAUCUAGAGGAGAUUAAACAUUGUUAUGGACCAGUUGAUCUCUCUAGGAGGAAGAUGAAUGAAGAGUUCAGCAAUGUGAAUUUGUCAGAUCUCCGUAAAAUUGCAACUUUGGGUGUUGGUGGUUUCGGCCGAGUGGAACUGGUACAGAUUGCGGGAGACGCCAGUCGAUCCUUUGCACUAAAACAAAUGAAGAAGAGCCAGAUUGUUGAGACUCGACAGCAGCAACACAUCAUGUCUGAAAAAGAUAUCAUGAUGGAAGCUAACUGCGAUUUCAUUGUGAAAUUGUUCAAGACCUUUAAGGACCGCAAGUACCUAUAUAUGCUGAUGGAGUCUUGCCUUGGAGGAGAACUCUGGACAAUAUUGAGGAGACAGGAGCGUCCUAUGAUGUGUGGACUCGGCUUUGUAUCUCUUCAAAGAGACAGAGGCAACUUCGACGACCCAACAACUAGGUUCUAUACGGCAUGUGUUGUGGAGGCAUUUGACUACUUACACUCUCAAGGCAUCAUCUACCGUGACCUCAAACCAGAGAAUCUACUCCUUGAUCUUAAAGGAUAUGUUAAACUUGUGGAUUUUGGAUUCGCAAAGAGACUACAGGUUGGAAGGAAAACCUGGACAUUCUGUGGCACACCAGAGUAUGUGGCUCCUGAAGUUAUUUUAAACAAAGGCCACGAUAUUUCAGCUGACUACUGGUCCUUAGGAGUCCUUAUGUUCGAACUUUUAACAGGUACCCCUCCCUUCACUGGGCCUGACCCAAUGAAGACCUACAACUCCAUCUUGAAGGGCAUUGAUGCAGUGGAAUUUCCAAGAAACAUCACUCGAACUGCUAAUGCCCUCAUUAAGCGGUUGUGUCGAGAUAAUCCUGCAGAGCGCCUUGGCUACCAGCGUGGAGGCAUCAAGGACAUACAAAAGCACAAAUGGUUUGAAGGCUUCUACUGGGAUGGGCUGCAGAACCGCACUCUAGCUCCACCUAUUGUCCCAAAUGUUCAUUCUGUGGUGGACUGCAGCAACUUUGAUGAGUAUCCACCAGACACCGAUGGACCACCACCUGAUGACAAUUCAGGCUGGGACAUAGACUUUUAGGUUUUCUAUUUAGGGAUAAUAGUGCUGAAAGACAUUUAAAAAGACUGUCUUAUCAUAUUUGAAGAUAUUAUUAAAUUCUGGCAAGAUUUUAAAUCGUGCAGAAAUUAUUGGUUUAAAUAAAAUUGUCUUCAAAAAUGUCUUGCACAGUCCCUGUUGUGUGUCCUUGCGUGUUGUGAAAGACAUGUCACAAGAAGGGUGCUGAGGAUAGCUUCAGCUGCUACUUGAAAGUCAUGUCUAUUUCCAAGUUAGAAGACAGUCAAGUAGAUACAUUUGUUUCUCAAACAGCUCCAUCAUAUGGUGUCCAAGAUACUACUAAAAGUCUUUUGGUGCUGCUCCUGCUGUUGCUGCUGCUGUUAGCAUCUAAGCAAGGGUCCACAACUUUAUCUACCAAGGUGCACAAAUGUAAUAGGUACUGUAACUAACAUCUGGAUCAUUGUUGGUUAAUGCAGGACUGAGGUGUAAAUGUGCCACAGAUUUUAAUACUCUAAAAGCUGUAGAUGUUCACUUUUUGUAGAUAGCAGAAACUACUAAUAGAUAAUGAUAUCAGUUAGCCUACUUGCAAUUGGGCACAUUUGCACACUAAUAUUUGGUGAGCAGUUGGAAACAAAACAGGAGUUGGGCUAUAAAAUUCACAAGUGUUACAGCUUACUCAGGAAGACUCAACAUGGUGCCUUUUAUGCAGUGAGUAUAACAAAUGUUUGUCGUUGUGCGCCUGCCUCUGUACACCUAUGUCAGCAUCACAAGAUGUUGAUGUUGCAUUCUUAGUAUCUUCCAAAUGACCUUUCUCCACCAUUGUGAUAAUGCAUUUUAUAUUUUGUCCAACCUUUUGAGCACGGGUUGUAGGUUACUGUUCCAGGAAUUGCAAAAACCAUUAUGGGAAGUAGUUGUAUAUCUUGUUGAACUUAAUUGCAGCAAUACUUUAGUUUGUCUUGAGUCGAUACUUGACAAAUGUAGCAAAGAUCAUACCAUAUAAAUGAUUUCUCUUUGAAAAUGUAUAAAUGUUUUUGUUUAAACUGAAUGGUGCUUGGAAAUGUUUGGAGUAUAUGAAUUAGUUGUACUUCAUUUAGGUUGUUUUGUGGUCCUUGGGCUCUGUAUAUUAUCCUUUCUGUUUUAGCAUAAUUUGUGAUUAAUUUCACUUAGUAUUUCAUGGCUUCCUUGGAUUCUUCCAACCUCAAUGUAAUAUUCUGUGUGAUUAGAAUAUACAAUAAAAUUCUAAUUGAUAUAUGCAAAAUUAAUACGACUAUUUAACAUGUGUGCUCCAAAGCAAUGUUACAUUUCAUUAUACAUAAUUUAUUUAACAUAUAAAUUACAGUUUCAUUGCUGGUUGUUUUUUAGCAUAAUAAUUUAAAAAUAUCUAGUUCAUGUGCUAUUUUCCAAUAUUUUGGAACAAAACUAUUACAAGUUCGUGUGACCUUUUGCCUUAAUGCUACAUAGGUUGUUCGAUAACUUUUGUUAGAGAACGAAAGCUGGUUAGCAGUCUAAGGCAUUCAUAAUUAUUUUCCUAAAUCCUUAUUUUGAUAAUAUUUGUGGUUUUCAUUUGAUAAAAUUUGGAAAUCUGUCAUAUUAUGAAUGCCGACAAUGAACUAAUCUGCCCCUAAAUGAUUACACACCUGUUGUUGACAGGUAAUCAUAAGCUCUAUCAGAAAUAUAUUUGAGAAAGCAAAUUUUCUGACUUGUUUCUAUUAGUUUGUAUUGUGAAUGUAAAUAUUUUAUUUGAUGACAGUUGUAAAAGAUUAUAUAUAUAAAGAUUGAAAGAAUUUGCAUUUCAUCACUUUUUUUGUUUUUUUUUGUUUUUAGUACUGUAUGUACAGUAAUAAGUUUAUUUGAUUUAUGAGCAUCAUUUUUGCACAACUCGGAAAGCAAAGAUAAUAUUAAAAAAAAAUGGUCAGAUUUUUCAUCCACUUGAAUGGCUGCAUGCAGAGCUUUUGUCAACUUCUUGGAGGAGUAAGAAAAAUAUUGUGAUAUUGUUAGGCACUUUACACAGUAUUCAGACUGCAGAACUGUUGGUUUUGAGUGUGUGUGUUUUAUUAGUAGAGUACAAUGUUUAUACAAUUUAAUAUUAUGUACACCAUUUAAUUUGAUUGGCUAAAUGACACAACCAAAUUGUAUAAUUUUGGGUGAUUAUCAGCACACAUUUUUUGUUAAAUUAAAACUUAUUAUGUACUGAAUAUUUCUUAUUAAUACUGUAUUUUGACAUCUAGCACAUCCAAAGACCACAUAGUUACUCUCGUGUGCUUGCCAGAUAAUUGUUAAUGAUUUGUGCAAAGUAAUCCUUACUCUGCAGCAAUAUUUUGUCCAUUUUACAUGUCUGUUGAAGAUAAAUGUACAAUGAUUGUAUUAAUUAAAAUACAAUUAAAAUUAAAAAUCAUAUCAGAUUAAGAUUAAUUAUAAAUGUAAAUAACACCAUUUGGUAAUCAUGGGAUACCAAUGACCUUAAGACAAAAUUCACCAGUUCAUUGUAAAAUUAUAUUAAUUUAUUUAAAAAUUAAGAUAUUUAAAAUAUAUAGGCAAGCUAUAGCUGUGUUUGUAAACAUUUUGAUAAAAAAAAACAUUAUUUUAAUAAAAUGAUCUCAGACCUUAGAGAAAGCCUGCAAGUCACAAAUAUAUUUUUAAGUGGUACUAUUAUUGUGAAAAAAAUGUGAUUUAUUUGUUUCUAUGCUGCUACGACAAUCAUGGCUAGAAUUCUUAAAACGUGCUUGAAGGAUAAACUAAACUACAAAAUAAUGUGUAUGCGUGUCAGACUCGCCAUAAUAAAUACCUGUUAAGUACUUACCAAAGUCAAACACUGUUUAAGAGUUCAGGGGCAUGGAGUGUAAGCAGAAUAUCACCACCACCAAGUGCCUCACUAUCAUAUUUAAAUCACAAUAAACUUACCUUGACCUUAAAGAUUUCAAUGGAAUCAUUUGUUAACAUUCUUUACAGAGGCUAAGAGCUUAAAUAAAAUGUGGAAUAGA